UACGUACAAAAGAGAUUCAUCAGUUUCCUGCUGAAAAAAGAAAUAACCAAAAAAAAAAAAGCCAAACCACAGACUGAAAGCUUGCAACAAUACAAAACAACACUAAACAUCCACAAAGUCAGCAGAACACAAACCUCUCUUCCUGUCAGAUAUCAUAAAAGGCUUCAAGAAAAAAAGCAAUCUAAACACAAACAGUUUCUAAGGAAAAGAAACAAGAUGGCCAUGAAAGGUUGCCUGAGUGUUACAAAAUAUUUCCUGUUUGUCUUCAACCUCUUCUUCUUUCUUCUAGGAGGCGUAUUGCUAUGUUUCGGGCUGUGGAUCCUAUUUGACAGGAGCAGUUUUGCAGCUAUGAUAGGGGCUUCUUCACCAACCCUGAAGGUCUUUUCCUAUGUGUUCUGCGGAGUGGGCAUCCUCACUAUGUUACUCGGGUUUCUUGGCUGCCUCGGAUCCCUUAAAGAAAUCAAAUGCCUACUGGGAUUUUAUUUUGCUUUCCUCCUGCUGCUCUUUGCUGCUCAGAUCACUAUUGGAGUGCUCGGAUACACACAGAGAAAUAAUUUGAGAACCGUUGCUGGAACAUAUGUUGAAAAUAUUAUUCGGAACUAUGGAAUCAGUACAAACCAAACGGAUAUGGAGGAAAGUUUGGACUAUGCGCAGCAGCAGAUGGAAUGCUGUGGGUGGUAUACCCCCUUCGACUGGAUGAAAAACCAGAAAAUCGCUGAGAACUCUUCUGUUAGCCUGUAUCCAUGCUCCUGCAGAAACAGCUCUGGUUUCUUCAGUUACACAAAUAGCAGCGCUAAUUUCUCGCAAGUGGAUACUUGGACGCAGAAUGGGUUCUGCUCAACCGAAAGCAGGGAUAAAUGGCCCGUCUACCAGACAGGCUGCAUGAACAGCAUUCAAAACUUUGUUGUCAAUAAUUUUAUCACUAUUAUUGGCGUGUGCAUAGGGAUUGCUUUGUUGGAGCUCUUUGUCAUGACGUUAUCGAUGUGUCUGUGUAGAAACCUGGAUCAAAAUUACAACAAACUUGCACGCUACUCCUAGAAGAUAUCUGGAAUAUUGAGCACCCUAGCCCGGACAUCAGACCACUGUCAAACACUUGCAACAUUCAGAUUCUGCUACUUAUUGAUGCCACACCAAAGUUUACAGUUUUAUCUUUUACAGCAGGGUGACCAAACUAAACCUUUGCAGCUGUCGUUGGACACUUAUCUCCACCAGGGCUUUAGUUCAUAUAGUUUGUUAGAGCUGUGAUGCCACAGGCUGGCCAGCAGUUAUCUAGAAAUCGAAUGUUCUAAAUUAUGAUAUUGGCCUAAUUUAUUUUACAUACCGUAAAUGUUAGGAAAUGAUGGAGCUGAAACAAAUGGGAUUUCAUGUUCACAUCUAAACUUUGCUCUACGAUCAUCAGAGCUAGGCCUACGGUUUACGAUUCUCUUGUUACAGCAGGUCAUCCAAGAACACCCCACCCCGAAUUCCUCGUAUUUGUAAUGGAUCCAAAAUGCAUAUAUCUGUGAAGGACAUGAACAGAAUCCCUCAAUGUAAUAUUCUUUUGGUUCAAUAGAAUGCAGAACUACCGGUUCAGCGUAAAGCUAAUCAAAUCCACAAAAUGGGAAUAACUCAUUGAAAAAAACAAUAUUUAAAUGUCAAAUAUCUGAUGUGGCUGCUGACACUCAAGCUUCCCUUAAUUCCUGGGACUGUUACACAUAUAUUUACAUUAAUCUUAAAGGAAACUCUCCUGGUGAUCAGUAUCUUCUCUUUUACCUAGAAGAUAAUAUUAUUGUCUUUUUUUUCUUUUUCUUUCUUAAUUAUUUUUACUUAUAUCUAUUGAUUGAAAUUCACUUGGUGAGUUAUCACAAAUCCCUAGAUGGGAAAACUUUUAUAUACUAAAUGUGUUGUCUUGUUUUUUAUUUUAUUUUAUUCUAAGUGAAUUACCAUGCACAGUAUUUAACCUUUAGAUUCUUGAAGUUUUUGCUUUUUAUUUUCAUAUUCCCCCCACCCUGCCCCCUCUACAUUACCCUGAGAUUACUUACUUGUUUCAUUCUCAAAAGACUAGGGAAAUUGUAUUGUUAGCCAAGAAAACAUUUUAUAAUUUUUAUAGACCAAUUGUGACAUCUAGUGGUCAUUAGUGAGUACUACACUUUUUUGUUAUAAGUUGUAGAUUUGAAAACUUUUAAUACCAUUCUACUGAGCCUCACUUAACGAACCACAAUUAGGCUCUUAAGAUUACCAUUGGUAUUUUGACUGUUUAGCAUUCUAAUGCUGUGUAAAUAUCCUUCAUUAAUCUGCAUGCGUGAACUGCUGAGAGUUAGAAAGGACUGAAUCAAUAAAGAUUUAUAAUUCCUGUUGUUCUAUAGAGCUUAUUUAAAAAAAAAAAAUGAAAUUAUUUUAUGUAAAAUAAAUAGUUUCUGUAGAAUAACAGGUGUCCUCCUCUCCUUUUAAUAAAAGUAAACAAAUAAUAAACAGUAAACCAACAAAUGUUGGUUCAGCUGCAUGAGUAUUGCGUGUUGGCUUAUUAAUGUCUGUACGCCUCCUAGUUUAGUUUGCCACUUUGAAAAUAAUAACUGACCUAUAGUCUAUGUGCUCAUGCCUCACUGAGCCAACGUUACUUUAUUUUUUAACAACAAAUGAAUGACCUGUAGGUCAUAGGUCACAGUUAAUUUCUUAGGUUGCUGAGGGACCUAUGUAGAUUAGGUUCUACUCUUGCUAUCUGCGUUCAGUGAUAAAAUGGAAAAAUCUAUUUAUAUUGUAGUACAACUUGUGUAUAAAUAUAAUAAAAAGGGAUAGGGCAAUAAUAUGUUUUGACAUCCAUGACACAUUUAACACUGUUAAAUACCAGUUUGGUAAGCAGUACUUUUUUGAGAUCUCUGGAUCCAUACGUUGAUUUAGUCACAGUGCUUAGAGUUCGUUGAGUGAAAGCAAAAAUCAAAUAAUAAAAGGGAAUACCAUUGAUUUGAACACUGUCUAAUGUUAACUAAUCAAUUUGCUUAUAAAGAUUGUUUGAAAACCCUG